UUUACGGCAAAAGAUUUGAGUUAAUUUCAUCUCUCUAUUAGAGAAUCUUAGAUUUUCUUAUUUAUAUUUUCACAAACCAUUUCAUUUUGACUCCAUUUCGAGAGAAAUCUUAAGGUUUGAUCAGUUUUUAUUUUUGUUUUUGUUAUCAGAUUUUGUAAGACUCAAAUCAAACCUCUACACUUCAAAAAAAAAAAUUCUAUUGAAGAUGUUCGGUUGUGGUGAUUUGGAAUGGUACGUUGCAUACAAUUGGUCCCUUAGAAUUGAAAUCGGAGAAAAUUUAGUAAUUAAAUUUUUUCCGAUUUCAAUAUUAAGAUACCAAUUGGGCUCCAAAGACAGAUACCAACAAAGAUAUAACCAUGAUGGGUCAUUUAUCAGAGGCACAGAUUAGAAGGGACUGGAGAUCAAUCCGAGAGAAUCGAAAUCAAAGGAUAUCACAGAGCUAAUCAUGGUGGUUGUCCUUAUUCUCAACGAAGGCCCUUCGUCCUCGGAUUUGAUAAGACCAGAACAAUCUCCUCUAUGUUCGCUCAUGAGAAAGAGCUGAGAAUUAAGCAUCCUAUUAUUGGUUUUGGUGUAGAAAGUGCAUUCUUCAGAGCAACACCUCAUCACCAAAACAACCCUUAUAUGGAAGUUGGUUACUUCAUAGAUAGAUGGGGGGGACCGUAUAAAGAGUUCUACUACAUGGACCCAAUGGUAAGUUUUAAAUACAGUGUCUCAGAAUUAAUUUAUGUUGUGGUAUUGUUGCGAUUUAAAACUAAUUUAUGUUGUGGUAAAGUACAGUAUUUUUUGUUGCGAUUUAAAACCAACUUAUGUUGUGGUAAAGUACAGUAUCUCAGAAGAAUAUUCUUUGAAAAUGGCUUGAUGAAACUCGUCCGUGAUGGAGGAAGAUAUAUCCGUGGGUGCUAUGAGGAUAUGCUCUAUUUUGGAGAGCUUAUUGAUUCAAAGAGAUAUAUGUCCGUGCCGGAUAUUAGCAGGUGGUUCUUUUCUGCGGAUGAAAGGACCAGAUUGGAUAUUUUAGACCAUAUAAGCAGGUCUAAUAUUCAUGUUGUUGCAGCUUCCAGUGAUACUUUGCUUGCUUAUCCGGCAUCGACUGUCAGAUAUGAGCCGCCGCCUCCAGGUGUACUAAAGUACUGUAGCGAUGGCGCCGUGGUUUCUUCUAAGAAGGUGGCAUGGGGUGGAGUGUGGAGGGAUAGUUUCCACAAUGUGGGACCAAUACACUGUGGCAAAUUGACUGGGGUACUCACUCCGAUGCAGGUGGAGGGUUGUGGCAUAUAUCAUGGUUUGGCCAACUCUUAUGAUAGCGGUUUGCGUUGGAAAAAAUCGAUAUUGCAGAUCGAUAACGCAGAGCUGGCUUAUGGCUUGAAUUCGGGCCGACACCCUGAUGAUUCUGGCUGGCCAAUUACCUUCAGAGACAUUAAAGAUAUGAUGAGCUUGUUUCCAUACCUUGAUCCAAAAGUCGACUUUGUUCUUCGUCAAGGGAAUCGUGUAGCGGAUUAUAUUACAGGUGAGACCCGGGAUGAUAGAAUUUAUGAGUGGUCUGAAGUUUGUAAGAGAGCGAGGGCUGAUCGGAGACGCAAUUAUUUCAGAACAAAGUUUCUUCCACGAAAAAAGUCUCACCGACGAACAAAGUCUCACCGACGAACAGCGUUUCUGUCACGAACUACCUUGGGGCAGAAGUAGAGUAGUUUUUGUAAAGCAUUUGUGGCUAAGGUAACAGUUGUGUUUGUCUUGGAUGAUGCAAAAGCAGUUUCCAUAAACCACCUUGGGGCAAAAGUAGUAGAGUUUUUGUAAAGCAUUUGUGGCUAAGGUAACGGUUGUGAAGUUCUUUGGUGAUCAUUGAACAAUUUUUGCUUUGGAGUUUUCCAUAAACAACCACCUUGGGGCAAAAGUAGUAGAGUUUUUUGUAAAGCAUUUGUGGCUAAGGUAAAGGUAACAGUUGUAAAGUUCUUUGGUGAUCGUUGAACAAUUUUGGCUUUCGAGUUUUUCUUUA